AGUCAUCCGGUUAUAAAUAUCAACGAAGAAACGAUGGUUUUUAUAAUUGACAUGAGUGAUCCUGAGCGCGGCCUAGUUGUUGCGCUAUUACGACGUAUUUUCAAUGUUCCCAACAACAGUAUUAUUUAUGAUCCUCCAAUAACAGUUGGUGGUGAUGAGUUUCAUUAUAGCCCUUCUGCAACUGGUGAACUAAUUGCAGCAGAUGUUUCGAUAUAUCCAAACAGUAAUCAG